AUGGCGCGGCGUGGCGGUGCCAUGCGUUUCUCUCCCCCUGCACUCCUUCCUCGCCCCGCGCUUCCUCUCCGCCUCUGCCUGUGCGUUCCUCUCCUUUGUCCUCGCCUCCUCGCCUCCUCGCCCUCCUCCGCUCAGGUGAUGGUUACCCCUUUCCAUCUGCUCACCACCACCCCCUUCCUCCCCUGCUUGCCCUCUCCGUUCCCACCCGUUCAUCACCUCCUUUCCAACUCCUUGUUGGUGGCAAUCGCCGGUGCCCUUUUGGAUGGCGUGGAGCCGUUAGGCAACCUGCAUGGGGGGGUGUCAGCGCUGGUCACGGAGGCAGUGGGCAGUCUAGGCGCUGCUGUCGCUGCUGGUGCGCCGGUGGUGGGGGUGGAAGUGGCAUGCAGUCACCUCAGAGGGGCACCCAUUGGCACUCCUCUCAUUGCUGUUGGCACUCCCUUGAGAGUCGGCCGCACCGUUCAGGUGUGGGAGGUCCGCCUGUCAGCUUCAAGCGACCGUGUGCCGGCACAACAAGGCGAGCCAGCGCCUGCUAGCGAGGUGACUCUUGAGUCGACUCAAAAGGCAGCAGCAACAUGGUCUCGUCACUUGCCCUCCCUAUCGCACUCACAGUCACCAGACAGCAAGGCAGGCCCGAGCCUAGAGCCUCAGCAGCAGCCGUUGCCACCUGAUUGCACACCUGAGGGUUUUACGGCUGGCCGAUUGCUGGCAGUGGGGCGACUGACGUGUGUUGCCUUGCCCCAGAGCCGUGGAGGAGGGGCGAAUGGGGAGAAUGGGAAUGGAGGGGAGGCGAAAAGGAAUGGAGGCGGCGAGAAGGAAGCGAACGGGAGUGGAGGAGAAGCAUCGAGGCGAGAGGAAAGUGGAGCGUUGGGAAACCGAGAGGAGGGAAGUGCAGAGGCGGAGCUGAAGCAGCGGAUCGGGGAGAGUAAGGAUGAGCAUGAGGGCGCAUGUGCAUGUCUCUGCCUCGAAUCCCCUCGCUUUGACUCGCCGCCCUUCAACCGUCUGCCCAUCCACAAGUUCAUCGGCCUUCGCUUCCUCUCUGCCUGCCCUCACCGCGUCGUUGCGGCGUUCGUCUCGUCUCCAGCAACCGCUCAGGUACUGCUGCUGGCUGGUCAAAAGGUGACUUGUGAUUCGACCUUAAAGGCAUCUCCUGCAGCCACUCAGCCCUUUAACAACGUGCAUGGGGGAGUAUCAGCCAUAGUCACGGAGACGCUGGGCACUACGGGCUCGAGCCUAGCAGCAGGGGGGCUGGUGGUGGGAGUGGAGGUGGCCAUCAGCCAUCUCAGGCCGUGCCCCCUCGGCACUCCCGUGGUUGCUGUCGCUGUGCCGCUGCGAGCGGGGCGCACUGUUCAGAUAGUGAGGGGCAGCAGGGCAACUACUGGCAGUGGGACGGCUGACAGCGGUGGUGGUGGGCAAGGGGGAUGGCAAGGAGAGGAGCAAGGCAAGGCUGUGAAUGGAAUUGUGGUGACUCCAAGUGGUGCAGUCUAUUGGUAUCGUCUGGCGGUGGGGCGGAUGACAGUGGUGGUGCUGGAGAAGGGAAUGGGGAGGAAAGGAGGAAGGAGAAGCUGUGAUGGAAUGGUGGUGACGCGUAGUGUAUUCUGA